CACAUGCUAUCAGCAGAUGAAGCAAAACUUAAAUAUAAUGUAUAUCCCUAUUAGAUCUUCUGCAAUGUAGCUCCAUGCUUGAUGACUUUCGACUUCUCAGCCUCACCCCGAAAAUCUCCGAGAAUAAGCAGGUAGGCUUGGCGUCACCCCGCAUUUUAGUAAGGCUACUUGACCUCCUUUCCAAACAUACUUUUACUGUCUCAUUGAAGUUUUCUUCAUUUCACUGUCUACACCAUCCCCACUUGUUGAGUGCCUACCUACCUUCUACUAGAAUCUCCCAAAUCUCUAACCAUGACUUUUCCACCCACCCCGACCGGUAAAACCAGCUCCCACGCCGGGAACUGCCACUGCGGCGCGGUGCAGUUCCACUUCACCCUGUCUCCGCCGCUGCCCGAGUACCCGACUGCCAGCUGCAAUUGCUCCAUCUGCUCGAAGAACGGCUACCUGCUCGUCUACCCCUUCCAGAAGGACUUGAUCAUCGACCAGGGCGCCGAGGUGCUCAAAGUCUACCGCUUUGGCGACCGCAAGGCGACCCACCAGUUCUGCAGCUCGUGCGGCAGCAGUUGCUUCAUCUGGCCGCCUCCCAUGGUAGGUGAACCGAUCACGGCUGUCAAUGUGCGCCUGCUCAAGGACUUUGACCCAGAGAUCCUGAAGAUCAACAAGGUCGAUGGGAAGUCAUUCCAGCCGGAGUACAAGGUCUAAACUCACAGGACUAUGUGGUCCGAUAUGGGGACGUGCAAGGCUGGCGUUGCUUGCUCUGGUUUUCUCCCUUGUUAUUUUGUAUACUAUCUGUAUCUUUCUUUCUGCAUCAGAUAAAAUCUCUUCUCCUCACAGUCGCUUUCCUUGGGCUGUUUGUCCUGAGUUUGAUCGAGAUAACAUCAGGUCGCUUUUCUUCUUAUCCCUGGGGCCCGAUUUCCGGUGGAAAGAAAAGUAUGGUCAGUCGGAAUGUCGAGGAUCUUGUACGGUGCUUACGCGGGACUAGGAUUCAUUCUUGUACAUAUCACUACCCGUGAUCGGAACUAUAUGAUCUACCUCUUAGAGCGAUAAAUACGAAGUCAUGUUUAUUGGAG